GCCAGCCGACACAAACGCUGCACACGCCCCUGCAGGAAUCGGCGGUGCUGCGCGUGUGCAUGGACCGCUUGCUGCAGCUCCCACGCGUGGAGGCAAGAAUGACACCGGCGCUUCCGUGCAUCAAGACAGCCUGAACAUUGGGACGAAUUUGCUCUCUUUCUGCAUUUAAAAGGUAGCGUCAUGGCUUCUCUCGUGGCUCGUUUACGGACACAACUGCUGAUCGCCGCUUUUGCAUCCAGUGCGUUAUGGGGCUCCGUGCUUUCAAUCACUCGCUACUCUAUUCCGGAGGAGAUGGAAGAGGGUUCCUUUGUUGCCAACCUCGCCACCGAUUUGGGUUUAGAUGUUCGAAGCAUGGUGGAGCGCAAAGCAAAGCUGGAUGUCAUUCACAGCAAAAAUUAUCUUGACAUCAACAAAGAAACCGGAGAGCUCAUCAUCCGCGAGAAGAUCGACCGGGAAAUCAUCUGCAUGACUAAAACAGCCUCGUGCUUUCUAAAAAUGGAUGUCAUACUAGAAAACCCUAUUCGUAUUUUUAACAUCGAAUUGGAGAUCAUGGACAUUAAUGACAACGCGCCAGUGUUCCGGAGGAAAACCAUUUAUUUGGAUGUUUCCGAGGCAACCCCUGCUGGUGAGAGAUUCUCCUUAACAAAUGCUGUAGAUGCGGAUGUUGGUGCUAAUACAAUCAAGACUUACUAUCUAAGUGAGAGCAAAUAUUUCAACAUUGACAUCCAAACUGGCAGCGAUGGAUCCAAAUAUGUAGAUUUGGUUCUGAAUGGCAAUUUGGACCGGGAGACGGACGCGGUGCAUAAUCUGAUUUUAACCGCGGUGGAUGGAGGGGUUCCUCCCCGAUCCGGCACGGCCAGUAUUAUUAUCAACGUCCUCGAUAUCAAUGACAACGCCCCCUUGUUCAGUCAGCCGGUAUUUGAAGUCCAUGUUCCAGAGAAUUCAGGUGCGGGGACGGUUGUCAUGACCCUAAAUGCAACAGAUUUGGAUGAAGGCACAAACGCACGGUUGCUAUAUUCUUACACUCUCUACACUUCUGAGAAGACCCAGGAGCUCUUCUCGCUUGACCGACAUUCAGGCGAGAUCAAGGUGAAGGGGCCUGUUGAUUUUGAGGAGAAUCAGAAUUUUGAGAUGCACAUACAAGCUCAGGACGAAGGGUCAACGCCGCUGUUAGGACACUGCAAAGUGAUGGUGUCCAUCACGGAUUUGAAUGAUAACUACCCCGAGCUGACAAUCAAGUCUCUAAAAAGCGCAGUGGCCGAGAACACAGCCGUGGGGACAAUGAUUGCGGUGGUCAGCGUCAGCGACAGGGACUCCGGAGUCAACGGGAAAGUGCUGCUCACUUUAAGUCAGCAGGAAAACCUCCCCUUCAUCCUCAAUCGAUCCUCAGGGGGUUACUUUGAGCUCUUGGUUUCAAAGCCACUGGACAGAGAGAUACAGAGCAAAUAUGAAAUCACCCUGAAGGUGACGGACAAAGGGAUGCCGCCGUUAACCGAAAGUGAGACGUUCACUUUAGAGAUUCAUGAUAUCAAUGACAAUGCGCCCACCUUCCCUCAAUCCUUUUACACCAUUCACGUUCUGGAGAAUAAUCUGCCGGGAGCGUUGCUGACGUCUCUAAGUGCGUUUGACCCAGAUCUGAAUGAGAACCAGUACUUGGUAUAUUUCAUAAUGGAGAAAGAGAUAGCGAACACAUCCAUGUCAAUGCUGUUCUCCAUCAAUCCAGAAAAUGGCGACCUGUACGCCUUGAAGACCUUUGAUUUCGAACGAGAGAGGGAGUAUCUUUUCCACAUUGAGGCAAGGGACUCCGGCGUCCCCCCACUGAGCAGCAAUGUUACCGUUCAUAUCAUCAUUCUGGAUCAAAAUGACAACACCCCUGUCAUCGUGUCGCCGUGGCGGGCUCAAGGCUCCGUCGUGGAGCAGGUGAUACCGAGGUCGACGGAUAAGGGACAUUUAGUGGCCAAAGUGAUCGCCAUCGACGCAGACUCCGAGCAGAACGGCAGGGUCACGUAUCAGCUCUUACAAAUCAGCGACACCACCCUCUUCAGUCUCGAUCAAUACAACGGUGAGAUCCGGACGACAAGAAUGUUCAGCUACAGAGACCCCCGGCAACAACGUCUCGUCAUUGUUGCAAAAGACAACGGCAACCCCGCUCUCUCGACCACGGUCACCAUCAAAAUAUCCACAGUGGAGCACUCCAUGGCAUUUUCGGAGACAACAGAAUUGCCACUCGAGUAUGACGUCUUCACAGACCUCAACUUAUAUUUAGUCAUCGGUUUAGGGGCUGUGUCCUUCAUGCUGCUCAUCACCAUCUUGGUUAUUAUUGUACUGAAGUGUCAAAAACCCAAGCCAAAGCCCAUCAAGAUUCCCCCAGCUAAUCGGAACAGUGUGCUCAGCAGGAACAGUGUGAUCAGUCAACGGAGCUCCACCAUUGCGGACUCCACCUUGAUCUCCAGCGACGCCUACUGGUACAGUCUGUUUCUCGCAGAGACCAGGAAAGGCAAAGUCGUCGUGAGACAGCCCAUAAUUCCCAAAGGAGCUGGCUACUUUGUGUCCAGUAUACCCAGGAGCAUCGGGCCGAGUGAGACCACGGAGUCCAGAGCAUCCACACUGGAGUAUUCAAAAUGAAAAGAAGUCUAUUCGACACCUGGAGCAGGCAACCAGAAGAGAACUGCCGUGAUAUAAUCAUCUCUUCCUGGCAGUCAUUGACUCGUACAACAGAUGUAAAACAGUUUUCCUUGAGCCUCUCCAAAAGCCAACUUUUCUAUCUUUCAACUCUCCGAACGUUGUCAUUAGCUAGAUAGGCAAGUCGAUCCUGCAUAUUUCGAUUCAUCCACCGAGAGAUGUCACGGAAUCAUCCUCAAUGCAUUCAGUCUCAUUUCCCCCCCAGAUCUUCUAUUUACAGCAUGAAUCUGCAUGAUUCUAAAAUAUGUCAUUUGGACAAAAGCAGAUAGUGCCACGUGCAAAACACGCAAAAUCAAUCAGAAUCAGGGCGAAAUAUGAUUUUGCCGAUUUGAUGACUGAAACGUAUCGGGUCAUCUCGUUCAUGCAUUUGAACGCGGGGCAGUUUUUCCUUUCAAAUGACAUUUGACUGUUUUACGUGAGGAGCUGUGGUCCAAUAUUGCUCUCGCUGUCAAAUGGUGAUUUGACGUUCUGUCAUAUUGUACUCAAUCGUGACAAAGGUGUAAAAAAAUGAAAGCUCACAAGUGGGAAAAGGUUGCGUUGGGGUUUUGCGUGUCUGUGGUCGGCUGUAUUUCAUAACAUUUUGAAUGCUUUGAGUAUCAAGUGGAUAAUUUAUUGGCAUCUGGACUGUUAGUCUGAACGGCCAUUUCUUCGUAUUUAUCUGUAUUUUGGGGACAAAUUACAUGAGAUCAUCUUUAUUCAUUUUAGAAAUAUUGCAUUUGAGGAAAUAUGAAAUUAAAUGAGAGGAGGGUGGAUUGUACAUUCAUAAAUACUGAUCCAUACCACCGCUUAAAAAAAAAAUGGCUGUUCAUUUUUUUUUCUAUCAAUAAAAUAAACUGACCAAACUGGCAAUAAAACACGAGUUGCAAAAAAGAAAAAAAAAACCCUUCAAAUACAGCAGACAAUUUAUAUUAAUAUUUCAAUUUUAAUAAUGAAGCUAUUGAUAUAUGUCAAGAAAAAUAGCCAACUGUAUUAAUCCUGGUCAUAAUUGAAGUCCGUAUGGGGUUGACUAUUUUUUAGUUUUAUUGAUAGGUUGUGUCUUAACUUUUAAUGCUGCUUCUGUGGUCUUAUUCAAGGGCAUUUUGUGUUGCAUAUGUGUAGUUUAGUGGAAUUGAUGUUUUGGGAUCUUGUAGUUUUUCACAGAGAUUUGAAGACGCUGUCCUUUUCUUGACCUUUUUGACCUCUGCCAACGCACUCCAGCAAGGCGCAUGAUUUUCCUUUAUCAGAAACAAGUGGCUGAUUAAAGCAACUUCUUAUUUAGGUGCUCGGUGAUCAAAUCUAUAAGCGUUAGAGGCAGCGAACGUCGUUCGAAUGACAGUGCACAAGUACCGAAUAUGCACCAGCCAGAACAAUUGAGUCUUCAGCAUUAUUAAGCAGUAUCAAGUACUGCGGCGUUUUAAAAUAUGCACAAAAACUUAAAAGGGGAUUUGCAGCGCUCUCGACAAUGCAACCAAGAGGAUCACGGGUCCGGGAUUAUGCUGAGCAAGGCAGCAAAACCUGUUUGUUACUUUUGCGUCGAGGCCUACGACAUUCGACGAGAAAUUCUGGAUGACAACGGAUCUAUUGCUACCAGUCACUUCCUAAAGUGUGUAACUGCACGUCUGAAAAGCUUUUUGUGGGCCAUUCGGCGUUGUAAAAAAGAUUUACUGCAUGUGACUUUUGACGAACGAAGCGGUAUUGUAAAUCAACAGGAAAAGUUUGGCAACGCCUGUUCGAACGAGUGUCAACGUGCAUGAUAAGCACAUGGAAAAUAUGCUGUGAACAUUAAAAAAAAAAAAAAAAAAUAGUGCUAUCAUUUGCCAAAGACGAAUUUAAGAGAUGUUAUUUUCAAAUCCAGGGAGCGGACUAAAUUGUUGAAGAAAUUUGAUAGUUUCCAUUAUGAAGUACCGAAUUGUAUCGCUCAUAUUCCAGUGUGGGCAUUGGCACAUAGCAAGUCAGCCUUUUGUUUUCCAGAAUGUAAAUUGAAACACUUUCUACGUGUUUUUU